GGUUUCCAGGACAGACGUUCAUCAGGCUGCAGUCCCAAAUUUCAAAGGGUAACCUGUGACCGUUGGCCACCCUCUUGGCUGUGCUUGCUCGUCCCAUCACCAUGCGGACGGCAGGCCUCAUCCGGUACGCGGCCGUGCUCUUCACACUGCUGGGCACAUGGUUCAUCCUGCAGACAUAUUUCAAUCAGAGCUGGAAAGCCAUCAGCCUGAGGAGCUGGAUUGGUGACACCGACAAGCCCAGCAGCAAGCAGCUGCCCCAGCACAAGUGUGGGAACCGUAAGAGCUGCCCCCAGAACCAUUUUGCCUUCAAGAUCAUCAGCGGCGCUGCAAACGUGGUGGGACCCUCCAUCUGCUUCGAUGGCAUGGUCCUCAUGAGCAGUGUGAAAAACAACAUUGGCAGAGGCCUGAACAUCGCUCUGGUGAAUGGAACAAACGGGCAGCUCCUGAAGGUUGACACGUUCGACAUGUACUCUGGAGACAUUAACAAACUGGACACCUUCCUCCAAGAGAUCAAGCAUGGCACCAUUGUGCUGACAGCCAGCUACGAUGACCCUGCCACAAAGAUGAACGACAAAAUACGGGCACAUUUCACCGAGCUGGGCAGCAGCCACGUGAGCAAGCUGGGCUUCAGGGACAACUGGGUCUUCUUAGGAGCGAAAGGGCUGAAGAACAAGAGCCCCUUUGAAGAGUAUAUCAAAAACAAUAAGACAACAAAUAAAUACGAUGGCUGGCCUGAGCUGCUGGAGAUGGAGGGCUGUGCACCCAGGAAGACAGAUUAGCAUCAAGACCCAGCCUGCCAUGGAGGGCAGUGUCCACCAGUCUCACAGGGACACCAGCCCCACCGUGGGGUCCCCAAUCCCACCACACUGAUCCCAGCUUUCCAACUGCUUGGUCACACAGCCCAGCAGCAGCUCCCAGAAACUGGCUGUGUAGGGCUCAAAAGAGUUGUAUAAGUGCCUUCAAGGCCUGAGGCUUCAGCUGAGCUGUCCUCAUCUAUGGGUCAAUCCGGGAUAUUUUAUUUUUCUCUUAUUAAACCAAAACUUUAUACAAAG